UAAGUGCAGGGUUUGAGCACAGGUGCUCACCCAGAUCCUUCAGAGGGCGCCAGGAGAAGGACGCGGGAGCUGUGGAGGAGUUAGGACCUCAACAAAGAGCGGGCCAUCCUCUCAGGCGGAGCUGCAGGCUGAGGCUCCUUAUUGGGAAACGACCCCGCUCAUGCUCCUUAGCGGGAGUCAGGCGACUCAGGCCUGCCGGCGUGAGGGGCCCUGAGCCCGGCCUUCCUCCACGUUCUUAGGCGGACCCGCGGCAGAUCUCACGCUCCUCCAGAGAGUCAGCAGCGGCCCCAGAGGGGACGUCUAAGGAACAUUAUCUUGGCUUUUCAUCUUAGAAGAGAAUCAUUAAGCAGAGACCAGAUUCAGUGAGUGAGCGCGUGUUUUGGACAUUGGACUGGUUGAGCCCAUCUCUAUUUUAAAAAUGUCUCAGAGGAACCUGGAACUAGUGAUCGACUUUCUGUCCUACAAGCUUUCCCAGAAAGGAUAUAGCUGGAGCCAGUUUAGCCAUGAGGAAGAGAACCGCGUUCAAGGCCCAGAAAGGGCUGAAUCAGAAGAGGGAUCCAGCAAUGCCACCAACAGCAACCCAUCCCGGCAUCAGGGGGACAGGCCCAUGGUGAGUGGAGCCGCUGGCCAUAACAGGAGUUUGGAUGCCCCAGACGUGAUCCCCAUGAUAGCAGUGAAGCAAGCGCUGAGGGAGGCAAGCGACAACUUUGACCGGCGGUACCGGCAGGCCGUCCUUAACAUGACAGCAGAGCUCUGCCUCACCCCAGAGACAGCACAUCACACUUUUGAACACGUAGUGGACGAACUCUUCCGGGAUAAGGUAAGCUGGGGUCGCAUUGUAGCCUUUUUCUCCUUCGGAGGAGCACUGUGCUUGGAAAGCAUAGACAAGGAGAUGAAGGUGUUGGUGUGUCAGAUCGCAAGUUGGAUGGCCACUUACCUGAAUGAUCACCUAGAUACUUGGAUCCAGGGCCAUGGCGGCUGGGACACUUUUGUGAAACGCCAUGGGAAGAAUGUGGCAGUGAAUAGCCGGAUGCACCAAGAGAGCUUCAACUAUUAUUUCCUGAUGGGCAUGACUGUGGCUGGCGUGGUUCUGCUGACCUGGCUGUUCAGUUGGAAGUGACCAGACCCUGACCACCCACUCACCCUCCCACCUUGCCCCACCACAUCGCUCUGUCCAGCCACCAUUACCCCAGGAGAACCAUUCAUUACAUACAUCUACGCCCACCAUCCUUCACUGCUUUGGACCUAAUACCUGGUUUCCUGCAGUUGGUUUUCUAGAACUACUACACUUCUUUGACAGUUACCUUCCCACAUACCUCAGUUAUCUUGGCAUCAAAGUCUACAAUAUUUUCCCCAAAUCUGUCCCAUGAAGACUGAAAGUGUGGUUUUUGACCCUCUUCCCCAGAAAAAGACUAGAUUGCCUUUGUUUUGAUGUUUUUAGCCUUAGAGUUGAUUAUCAUUACCCAUCCCUCUCUGGACCUGGGCCCCUAUUUCUUCUAUCUCUACCCCCUAGAACCAUUUAAAAAUGAGGCUACUUUUGGCUAAUUAGGAAUUCAGGCUGCUUGGGAUAAAGCAGCCAGAAUCAGGACUUCCUCCCCCACCACUGGCCUGGACAAAGUCCCCACUCCUAGUGUGAAUGUUUUCCAGAGGCCUCUGCAUAGAGUCUAGUCCCAUCUUGGAGAGAGGACAAUAUAGCUCCAGGAAGUACUCCAUGCAAAAGCUAGCAUGGUCCUUGCAGUUUAGCACCACCCUAGUCCCUUCACCUCCUUUCUCCUGGCUCCCAGGACCAUGAACGAGUGACCACCUGGGCCCAAGACUGUUGCCCCAGAUAUAUUUCUCAAGUAAGCUGGGUUUGCAUUGUGGCCUUUUUCUUCUUUGGAGGAGCACUGUGCGUGGAAAGCAUAGACAAGGAGCUGCAGGUAUUGGUGAGUCAGAUCGCAAGUUGGAUGGCCACUUAACCUGAAUGAUAACCUAGAGACUUGGAUCCAGGACCACAGCGGCUGGGACACUUUUGUGAAAUGCCAUGGGAAUAAUGUGGCAGUGAAUAGCUGGAUUCACUUCCUGCAAGAUCAUCCUGUGGCAUCAUUGUGUUGGGUGGCUGCCCAUCAGGUACAGGGAUUCAGGGACCUCACCCCGGAGUUAAAGGGGAGAUUAGGGAGCAGCAGUAGGAACUCUGGGGUCUUCCCUACCUCAGGAAGGAGUGGCAGGAAAGAGACCUUGGUGUGCAGGACAGUGGGUGGAGGGCCGAUUGGAAGGGCCUCUCUUGCCUGAUCAGGUAGAUAUUUCCCCUCUGUCCAGCCUGAGCAUCAGGGCUGCCAAGGUCAAAGUGACCUGGCCAAGACCCCUUCAGGCCUCCCUCGGCUACAGCCUUGUCCUGUCUCAUCCCUGCAGGUCUCAGCACAGCACUGGCAACUCCAGGCUCUCUGCUAUACAUAUUCCUGCCCCUGGUCCCUGGCCCCUCAGCGGCAUGUCGUGUGGACAGCACUGAAGUGGCCCAUGGAGUUGGCAGGGGUGCUGAAGUGGCCUGUGGUGUUCAAGGAGGCUCUACUGAGCCCCGAUUCCCUAAAGCGGAUGCACUGUGCCCUUCUGCCUGGCCCUACUCUGAGCCUUUAUUUCUUGUGAAGAUGAAAUACUAUUUUUGUUAAGCAUGUGUGUAUUCAUGUAUGAGGAGCUGCUGACUUUCUGUGCAGGUGGAGAGUUGGUGCCUGGAUAUUGGCGUCCUAAUGCUCCUUCCCCAAGAAGUUAGUUCUUAUUGGGACUAAGGUCCAGGAAACCUGUCCCAGGGGUCUUGGCUAUUGAGGGGCACCUGUUCUUCCUCCCUCCCCCACUUGUCGCAGCUCUUUAAAUGUCUCUGUGAAAGUGAAAAUGCAGUUCAGUAAUAAACUAUGUUAGCUCAGUGGGAAGAAAAAAGUUAAUAUUAGGAGCUGAGGUAUAGCUCAUUGUUAGUUUAUUACUACCUAGAAUACAUGCAGCCCUGGGUCGAAUCCCAAACACAAAAACUUAUGAUAAGUCAUGCAAUGUGAAUGCUACUAUCAUUGUAUUUAGCAUAAAACUUGCCAAAGUCAGUAAUAGGGUCUUGAAAACUAAAGAGUAGUUUAAACAUUUAAACAUUAUUUCUGUAGUUUACUAUUUCAAACUUAAUUUUUCCUUCAGAAUUUGUAAAACUGAGCUGGGAUUAUAUCUCAGCAUAACACCACUUGCCUCACAUGUGAGGCACUGGGUUCAA